AUGUCGCUACCUGACAGGAAAGAAGUCCUGCCAGGGCAGGAUCCUAUUCACCCGGCCGACGAUGAGCAAUCCCUCCACUACGAGGUGAACUGGACGAAGGAGGAAGAAAGCAAAGCCAAGCGGAAGCUGGAUCUAAUUAUAAUGCCAAUACUCACCCUCGGGUUCUUCUGCUUGCAACUCGAUAGAGGCAAUAUCGCCAACGCCAUUACGGACAAAUUCAUGGAGAAUAUCGGAAUCAACCAGGACCAGUUCAAUGUCGGCCAACAGAUGCUUUCCCUGGGAAUCGUGCUCUUCGAGAUUCCAUCAAACAUGAUCUUGUACCGGGUUGGGCCAGGCAAGUGGCUGACCCUUCAAUUGUUCCUCUUCGGCUUUGUGAGCCUCUUUCAGGCCUUUCAGCACGGCUACGGCGCCUUCAUCGCCACCCGCUUCCUCCUGGGCGUGACGGAGUCCGGGUUCAUCCCAGGCGGUCUCUGGACACUGUCGACGUGGUACACCAGAAAAGAGACCGCAAAGAGAGUCAUGUUCUUCUACUUCGGCAACCAGUUCGGCCAGGCCUCCUCGAAGCUCCUCGCGUACGGCAUCCUGCACAUGCGCGGCGUGGGCGGCAAGCCCGGCUGGUUCUGGCUCUUCGCUAUCAUGGGGGCCUUCACCGUGUUCUGCGGUUUCAUCUACGGCUUCUUCCUCCCGGACUCGUUCAGGAAUCCCCAUAGUACUUUCCUCCCUUUCGUUCCGAUCUUCAGUGAGCGGGAGGUUCACAUCUUGCGCACACGUGUCCUGCUUGAUGACCCGGCGAAGGGCAGGAAGAAGAAGCGCAUCGGAUUGCCUGCGUUCAAGAAGGCUUUCUCCAACUGGCGUCUCUGGGUUCACUUCCUCAUCACGCUUUGUAAUAACGGACCGCAGCGUGCCUUCGACACCUACUCGCCAUCCAUUGUCAGCAGCUUUGGCUUUCCUGCUCUCACCAGCAAUGCCCUGGCAUCAGUCGGUCUCUUCCUGCAGAUCCCAGUGUCCUUCAGCUUCAGCGUUAUAUCAGAUCGUUUCAACAAGCGUGGUGAAACUGUAAUGGCAGGCUUGAGCCUGCACCUUCUUGGAUACGUCUUCAACCGCAUCUUCACAGAGUUGCGUGGUCUUCGAGGCGUUCGCUAUUUUGGUGUCGUGUGGACGCAGACGUUCGGCACAUUCCCGCAUCCACUGAACAUUGCCUGGAUGUCUCUGACCUGCACGGACUCGGAGGAGCGAGCUCUGGCGAUGGCAAUGGUUAUCAUGGGCGCCAAUAUCGCGGGUAUCUACGGUGCCCAGAUAUUCCGCGCGGACGACAAGCCGCUAUACCGUCGCGGAUUCGGCAUCGACAUCGCUGUUCUGACCGUUGGCGUGACUCUUGCGGUGGUUCGAUACUCGGACGGCUGGAUCCAAAAGCGCCGAGGGCAAAGGCAAGGGGCACUCGCGGCCGUAGACUCAGGAAGCGAGCACAACUCACAGGAAGACGAGAAGAGUGGGAUCCCGGGCGUACAGCCAGGCCAUGGGCAUGCGCAGCUCACGCCGGCUGGCUAUGACACCAAGGCUGCCCCGAAUGCCACGACAUACUAA